CACUAAGAAGCUCUCUCUCUCUCUCUCUCUCUCAAUAUGGCCAAUCCUGCAACCUCCAUUUUCUCUCUUCUAUUCUUCUUCUUCUUCAUCUUGGGCCUCCGAGGCACUUCCGGUGACUACGGAGGGUGGCAAGGUGGCCAUGCUACUUUCUAUGGCGGUGGCGAUGCAUCUGGCACAAUGGGAGGAGCUUGCGGGUAUGGCAACCUGUACAGCCAAGGGUAUGGCACCACCACUGCAGCACUAAGCACAGCCCUGUUCAACAAUGGGCUGAGCUGUGGGGCUUGCUACGAGCUCAAGUGCAACGAUGACGCGAGGUGGUGCCUCCCUGGCACCAUCACUGUCACUGCCACUAACUUCUGCCCUCCAAACCCUUCUCUCCCCAAUGACAAUGGCGGCUGGUGCAACCCUCCCCUCCAGCACUUUGAUCUUGCUGAGCCUGCCUUCCUCAAAAUUGCCCAAUACAGAGCUGGAAUUGUCCCCGUCUCUUUCCAAAGGGUGCCCUGUGUGAAAAAGGGUGGAAUAAGAUUCACAAUCAACGGCCACUCUUACUUCAACUUGGUUUUGAUUAGCAACGUCGGCGGCGCAGGGGACGUCCAUGCGGUGUCAAUCAAGGGGUCCAGAACAGGGUGGCAACCCAUGUCAAGAAACUGGGGCCAGAACUGGCAAAGCAACAACUACCUCAAUGGCCAAUCCCUCUCAUUGCAGCUCACCGCCAGCGAUGGAAGGACUGUCACCAGCUACAACGUGGCGCCCUCUAAUUGGCAGUUUGGCCAGACCUUUGAGGGCAGCCAGUUUUGAAGAAGUUUUCACGACUUGGGUUGGGUGAGUCACAGUCCGCUAAGCUAAAAUUGUGUAUGAUAUUUAAUUGAAGGUGGGGUUAGCUAGGCUUUUAAGACAAAAGACCCAAAAUUGGCGUUGAGAGUCUACGGCUGUGGUGGAUUAUUGGUGGUUUUAUUGGCACCCGCUUAGGCCUACACAUACUUAGGUUUUAGGUCUUUCACUAAAUAGACAAAAGUCUAUUGGUAGAUUGUUUGGAUUGAUAUGUCAAGUGGCAUAAUUAUUAAUUAAUCUCGUAGAUUUAAUCCCCAAGUUGGGGUCACCUUUGAUAUAUAUUAAUAAAAUUGAAUCCAUCCUUCUGUAUUA